AACAGCAGCCGCCGCCGGCGGGGCCGCAGCAGCCGCAGAGCCGGAGGUCGCCCGUCAGCCCGCAGCUGCAGCAGCAGCACCAGGCGGCCGCAGCCGCUUUCCUGCAGCAGAGGAACUCGUACAACCACCACCAGCCUCUUCUGAAACAAUCUCCUUGGAGCAACCAUCAGAGCAGUGGCUGGGGCACCGCGAGCAUGUCCUGGGGAGCACUGCAUGGCAGAGAUCACCGUAGAAGUGGAAACAUGGGAAUUCCAGGGACUAUGAAUCAGAUAUCUCCACUGAAGAAACCAUUUUCUGGUAAUGUUAUAGCACCACCGAAAUUUACUCGCUCUACACCAUCACUGACUCCAAAGUCUUGGAUUGAAGAUAAUGUGUUCAGGACAGACAACAAUAGUAACACACUCUUACCCUUACAGGUGAGAUCUAGUUUGCAGUUGCCAGCUUGGGGCUCAGAUUCACUCCAAGAUAGUUGGUGCACUGCAGCCGGAACAUCCAGAAUAGACCAGGAUCGAAGUAGGAUGUAUGAUAGCUUGAAUAUGCACUCUCUGGAAAAUUCCCUUAUUGAUAUCAUGAGAGCAGAGCAUGAUCCUCUCAAAGGUCGUCUGAGCUAUCCACAUCCAGGAACUGACAAUCUGUUGAUGUUAAAUGCAAGGAGUUAUGGGCGAAGACGAGGUCGAUCGUCCCUGUUUCCAAUAGACGAUAGCUUGUUGGACGAUGGUCACAGUGAUCAAGUUGGUGUUUUAAAUUCACCCACAUGUUAUUCAGCUCAUCAAAAUGGAGAACGAAUAGAACGCUUCUCUCGAAAAGUUUUUGUUGGUGGACUUCCUCCAGAUAUUGAUGAAGAUGAGAUCACUGCCAGCUUCAGAAGAUUUGGACCUUUGGUAGUCGAUUGGCCCCAUAAAGCAGAAAGCAAAUCCUAUUUUCCACCAAAAGGCUAUGCAUUCCUCCUCUUUCAAGAAGAGAGCUCAGUUCAGGCGCUCAUUGAUGCUUGCAUUGAAGAAGAUGGAAAGCUCUACUUGUGUGUUUCCAGCCCUACGAUCAAGGACAAGCCUGUUCAAAUCCGUCCUUGGAAUUUAAGUGAUAGUGAUUUCGUCAUGGACGGUUCUCAACCUUUGGAUCCCAGAAAAACAAUUUUUGUUGGAGGUGUUCCUAGGCCAUUAAGGGCUGUGGAACUUGCUAUGAUCAUGGACCGGCUGUAUGGUGGUGUGUGUUACGCAGGAAUUGAUACGGAUCCAGAACUAAAAUACCCAAAAGGUGCUGGGCGAGUUGCUUUCUCCAAUCAGCAGAGCUAUAUUGCUGCCAUCAGUGCUCGAUUUGUUCAGCUUCAGCAUGGUGAUAUUGAUAAACGCGUGGAGGUAAAGCCAUAUGUGCUGGAUGACCAGAUGUGUGACGAAUGCCAGGGCGCACGCUGUGGUGGAAAAUUUGCCCCCUUUUUUUGUGCCAAUGUCACUUGCCUGCAGUAUUACUGUGAGUUUUGUUGGGCAAAUAUCCACUCUCGUGCAGGACGUGAGUUCCAUAAGCCAUUGGUGAAGGAAGGUGCUGAUCGCCCACGUCAGAUCCACUUCCGCUGGAAUUAAGUCGAGCAAACUGGCCUCCGUCUACCAAGGAAAGAAAGGGUGCAUGUGGCUUACUGUGCUGAAGAUACUGACCUGCAGAAGAGAUAAGUGCAUUCUUCUGCUUCUCACCCAGCUCUCAAUACAUGCAUCGUUAUCAGCAGCCAAACACUACAAGCCUCUUGUUUUUCACCAAAACCCUACAUCUCAGGCUUACUAAUUUUUGUGAUAUUUUCAUGUUAAAAUAAAAUGUUUUUUUGUAUUUUC